CCUUGACGCUAUGAAAAUGAUAAAAUACCUACCUACCUACAUACAAUUUCUAUUUAGAUUAAAAGUCGAUUUUAAUCAAGUGAUUUAUUAUAUUUUUUGAAUAUGUAGUUGUUUAUAAACACAAAUGAUUUUGUUAAGAAUCUGUUUGAUGCAUGUUAUAUGUAAUUGGAGUGACUGCAUAGCUAAUUAUGCGUCUUUUAUCACUUUGCAUGUGCGUGAAACAAAUGUCAGAGUAGAAUAAACGUCGAUUUGUGGCUGUUUUGACCCAUGGUUUUGACAAUGUAAUACCGAUUGUGUGUGUUAGCUACUAAUUGUGAUACUGAUUUUGUAAAGCGGGGCUGGUGAUCAAUGGAGUUGUAAUGAAACGAACAAAAGUGUGGUGUCGGUUAGUUUAUAUUUGACAGCCGGCAGGCUCGUCGUAGGAACUUAACGAUUGGCUCCCUAUAAAAAUGAACAGUCGCAGUAGCGUAAAUGAAACGAAUUUGGUGAAUUUCUGCGGAACCGCAGCGGAUCUUACUACGUUAAAUCAGUUGGACGCUAAAGACGGUUUACUCAGCUUUCCAUUCGAUCAUAUUUACGCCUGCCAUUCGGAAAGUUCAGACAGAAGACAAACCAUACAACUAGACAAGGAAGUCGAAAUUUCAACACAUUGUGUUGUGACAGAAGAGAAGGAUUUGCUGACAACCAGCUUGGAAGUGAGCCACCUGUCAGAGAAGCUAACAGCAUCUGAGAAUCAGAACAAGAAAUUAAAAGACCUUUUAAUAUAUCAUCUGGACUUGAUACAACAACAAAACGAUAUUAUUACUAAAAGGGAGAAGUCUUACCAAGCAUUGAAACAGGAAAAUGAAAUACUCAAGAAUAAGUUCGCCCGAAGAAUAGCGCUAGGUGCGAGGCAAGGUGUGCACAACCCGAGUUCGCUGUUGGCUCCACUGGCUGUGGUUACCCCGCCUGUUACAUCUACUGUGGUCAAAUCAGAACCUAGUUCUAGCUCACAGAUUGUGCUAAACAGCUUCCCUGACUUACUAUUGCCAGAAAAUAAUAGCGCAACUUCUUUUUUAUUUGAUGACGAUGUCAAGAAAGCUUUCACCCAGGAUUUCAAUUUGCCUAGAACUACUACAGAAUCAAGUAUAACAAGUUAUAUGCCACAGGGAGUCUCUUCUAUUUUGGAUAAUAAUCUAAACAAUUUCACAAUGAUCGAAAAUAAACGUUCCCUUGUCAAAAAAGAAAUGAAGACUGAAAAUCGUCCAGAACCGUUGUACACUGUGACAUCCAACAGUGGCAAUACUGUUAUCCAAAGAAUACAGAGAAAUAGAAGAAGAACAUCAGCUGGAAUAGGAUGUUUAAGUAGAAUGUCUAAAAGCCCAGGAACUACGAAGGUUGAGACUCCUGAAAGCAGUAAAAUGUUCGGAGAUGACAAAAGUUUCGAUCGAAAUUUCAGCGUGAAUAAGAAGUCAAAAAUGAUUAACACCUAUGGAAAACCAAAAACAACAAUAAACUCGAAAAGAACAAGCCAAUUGACGGGGUCACUGUCAGACAGACUGCAGCUGAUCGACACGACGCCCACUGGCGAGGACCCGUACCAGCUGGGGGAGGCCGACAUGCGCGAGCAGUCGCCCAUCCCCAAGCUCAUGCUGCAGAAGACCAAUCACGGCCGCAUGAAGCUCCUCUCCGACCCCAUGGCGCAGACCACCUCGCGCCGCAUCUACGACACCACCGAAACUACCACCACCAAAAGCAUUAACAAAAUGAAAAUAGACAGGUUCAGCUUAUUGGACUCUUACAUGCACAAAGACAUCAAAAAGGAACCCAAAACGAUGAUAGUCGAGGAGCCCGAUUUGGACUUAGUCAAAACUGAGCCCGAAAUAGACUGGCGCAUGUAUAAUCCGAAUAAACCGGGGUGCGAGACUAGUCUUUGUGACUUUUCUUACGGAGAGAACCCGGAAAACUUGGCCUCCCAGAUCUUACCGUCACUGGAAGGGGAUGGCUUGCCUGACUUUUUUGGGGAGUCCACACUGAAUUUGGACAGCUUGAACGAGUAUUCCGCUACGGACAAGAGUGCGGCAGACAAAUCAAAAAAACGGGGGGCAAGAACUACAAGUUUAGUCGCCCCAAAUUUACCUGAUGAGGAAUCGCCGGAGGUGAAAGGGCGAGGAGGUGAUAGUAAGCGUGGCAGGAAGCGAGCGCUCUCCGCUACCGGACUAGCAAAAGGAAUCAAACGCGAAAAUUGCCAAAAACCCGUUGCACCAAAACCAAAGUUAGUUAAAGGAAAAGCUGCGUGCCGCGGCAAGAAGUCGCCGCUGCCGGGCAUGGUGACUAAUAAGCCGUAUCACACGCUCGUGGGAGACCCAGACCUGUCCUGGUACUUGGGUCUUGACCCACAUAUCAAGUCAGAGGACGUAGACCCGCCUGCCGACGCCAAGGCUUCCACUGUUGAGGUGCCUCGAUGGAGAGAGAAACCUUACACCAGUAGUUACGCGAUGGAAGGCACAGAAAACUUGGAUGACAAGGUUUUUGAGAAGCGACAUCAAAAAUUAGAAGCGGAAGAAAGGCGACAGCUGAGAUGGCACAUGCGUCGGAUUCGCGAGCAGCGUCACGUGGAGCGUCUGCGUCAGCGGCAGCGUGACUCGUGGUGCGGCAACACGUCUCCGACCGCGCCCGCCGUGUUCACAGUGUGGCCGCAGCCGCAACGCGACGUGCGCUUCAUCGAAAUCACCGACACGUUGCCCGUCAUGGCCUUCGGAGAGAUCCUCCCAGCGUUGCCAGACGCAGACUUCGUUUUGCCUUGGGUGAGGACUUCAAAAGCACAGAAGAGAUCAAAAAGGUCAAAAACACUGCAUUAAAUACAUAAGUUGCAUGAAUUAGCCGAUACAGUAGAUUGCAAGUAUUGCUUGCUUAUUACGACUUCUUUUUGUUUGACUCAACUUGAAAAUCUGUUAAUUGUCCGUGUUUUUGAUUUUACAACCGUAGUGUACCUUCAUUGGGAAGUUGAGAGUAGUAUGUAGUUUAAUUGUUAAAAUUUAAGGAUAGUAGUCAAGAGCUUGAUAAUCAAUCGCGAAACGCGAAGCUCUCUAAAACGCCCGGUUGUUUUUGUAAAUAUUAUGCUUGUAAAUGAAUUUGAAGAAUGGACUGAAUAUUGUAAAUAUCGGAAGUUUGUGAUAUAACGAGAAUUGUUAUCCUUUCCUUAUUAAGUUACACUAGAAAAGCGCGGCUGAAUUUUGAAUAGAAACAGCUGAAAUUAAAUGUGUGCACCUUACCUAUUGUUUUAACAAAAUGACGUAACUAUAGUAGGCUUUAAUCAUGAGAUUUUGUAUGCAUGAUGUAUACUUGUAUCGUAAAAUUUAUCUUCAUUUAUUUUGACGUUAACGAUAAAAUUUCAUCGUAGUGACCAAUGAAAUAAAAAUGAAUUUUUUAAAUAGGUUUUGAUUUUAUUAUCUUUGCAUGUUCUAGUUUUACUACUGAACAAUGAAAUUCAUUCACAUUUAUUUCAUUUUUCAGUUAUUGAAAGUUUGUUGUAACGAAUAAUGUUUUUCUUAGGUUAUUAAAUACUGCAUCAAAA